UUGCAGUUGGAAAUCAGAUUAGCGAACAAUAAAUCGUAACUGCAUUAAGAUGAAUUGGGUAAUUAUUACAGAUGAUGAAUGCUGCGCGAAAAAUAUACAUAUUCUGGCAUGCACUAGAACCAGAUAAUAAUCGCUACAAUGUUACUGUUAAUGAUUUAUUAUUAUGCAAAAAAAGUUUACCAUGCACAAGUAUAUUUCAAUUUGAAAUUCCCUCUAGAGAAAAUCGAGUUCGCUUUAUGAAACUAUACAAGUCAAGAGUAGAGUCGAACCGAGUAGAUGGAUACAAAUUUUGAGGAGUCCAAUCAAUGAAUUGUUGAACCAAAAAUAAUCCAACACAUAAUUCAUAAUUAGGAAAAAAUUUAAUUCCGAGGUAAUGAUAAUUUGUGGUCAUUUUUGACGAACUCAAGGUAGAUGGGAGUAAAUUGGAAUUUUGAUUAGGGAGUAUGUUUUGUCUUUGGAUAGUUGGAUAGGAUCACGUAGACGUCUACACGUCCAUAAAUCAGUGUUUAUUUUUAGUGAGCGCCCGUCCAACAUUUCAUGAAUAUUUUGUAAAUAUACUCAGCUUCUCCGUGUGUAUGACUUUAUUAUACAACCGCACUGAUAACGGGAGAUCCCUCUGCUUCGUUACUGUGAAAUGUCAUUUUAGUUAUUCCGAAUUGUAAGCCGCUUCGAGCACCAAGAGAAAAUACCGAGCGUGUGUUGUAUAUUGAUACGGUAUCGUGCCCACGGAGCCGCAGUGUACCUGUGUCCUUCGAUUAAUUCGGUUGGCCGUGUCUCACGGUGAAUCUCAUCAGUCAUUAAGGACCUAAAUACGCGGUGAUAUAUAAAUCUGAAAAUAAUUUUGCACCAUGCACGUCGCCUGCAAAUGCCUGAACGUGUCAAUUAAGUCACGGGGCAACGAACUGCAAAGGGUUAACGUUGAAGAUCAUGAGCUAACCGAUAAUGAACUCUCUGACUCCUUCUUUCGAGAGAAUAUCGCUACCAUUACAGAAUUGGAAGGUAUAACGAAAGAAUUACCUGGCUUGGUAGAAGUCCGAAAUGUUGGAAGUUGGGUCAUUCAUCAGUGUCUUAAUUGUUCCACAAAUACCCAUGCUGUCCAUAGGGAACGAGGUGCAGCCUUAGUUUUGAUAAAUGCAAACAUCCUUACAUCUGCUGAUGAAAUAGCCAGAUUGACGACGAGCCCUAACUACAGUUCUAUAUUCAGGAUAAUAAUCGAUAACAAUAUCGUGGAUACUGUAGAUUUUCUCCAACCGCCUAAUAAAUUUUCAGUAUCCCAGCUCUCUAGUAAUCUACAAUUAUCACUCGGCGGCUUGCAACAGCAACUUGAGGCAGCAGUACAGAGAGAAGUUGCUGCAACUGAGGAAAGGAUUAAAGAUUUCUCUGCACAGCAGUACCAACUUUUGGAGCAAUACAGAGAGCGUGCUCAUACUGAACACAGACUGCUUGUUAGCUUAAUUUGUACCAGAAAAGAAAUGGGAAAAUCUGUAGAUUUGGAGGCAGCUCCUCCCAUAACUGCUGAAACACUUCCACCUAAUAUAAUUCAACCAAUAUCCAAUGCUGUGAAUACUAGACCUUGUGGUGUGGCUAAUGAUACAAAUAUUAUUACCAAAACAAAUCUAAGGCACCAAGCAGCAACAAAGCAUCCUGCUAAUCUUCAUUUGAAAAGUGGGGUUGACAAAAAAGCCCCGCUAAAGUUGUAUUCCAAGGAUCCGUAUAGUUUUGAUUCUGAGGCAUUGUUUACAUUGGAGGGUAUGGAAGACUUGCUGACAUCAGAACCAGCUCCACAGUCCGACGAGGAGUCUGAUACCGAUGAUUCGGGUCAUGACGAAGGCAUCCACAUCCCAAGAGGACAGAGGAGUGGUCAUCCAACACUUGCAAAAUCUUUGCCAGUAAGUGUUCCCAUUUUUCCAUCCUUUGCUCGUCAAAUUCAGCAUGAUCAAGAUGACGAUCAGUUAUCACGAGAUCCCCAUGAUCCACAUAAUAUUCGCGCUUCGAUGAAGGCCCUGGCCAAGAGCGUUCAUGGAGAUACUGUCUUUGGUGAUUUGCCGCGCCCACGAUUUUCCACUCAGAUCUGACCUGGUAGUUGUACGAACUUGUACUGCAUCCCAAUAUACGCAUUGGCCUAUGAUUCAGUGUCUGGCACUGGUAAACUAUUGUUCCAUACUAGAAUCGUUGGAUAAUCGUUUGCAGAAGUUGAAAUGAGUUGAAAGGGUUGCAGUAAAAAGUCACCGAACCUUUGAAAUAUUUUUUCACAUUUGUAGUAAAUAACAAACGUGUGCUUGAUUUCAGAUCCUAGUUUUGUAUAGGUGUUGCAAACAAGAAAAAAAGAAAAUAAUAACUGUAUAUGUAUAACUGAUCCUAAUAAUCGAAGAAAUUUAAAAACACAAAAAAUAAAAAUCAGAGACCCCUCAGGGUCGGUAUUCGUUUCAUAUUCAGAAAUUGAAAGCAAAGAAGAUGAGGGCCAAGGGCUUCUGACCUGGCGCGGAAUGCCCUACAUAUGUAUGUAAAUAUGCAGAUGAAUAUAUGUAUAAGAAAAAAAAAGAAAUAUGCACUACUAAAAAGCCUCGAAAUCAAAUUACAAGUGUUGAAAAGAUCAUGUGUAUAUAUAUGAAUACAUUUAGAUAUAUUAUGGCUAGAAAGUUGAAACUGAUGAAUUGAAAUUGUAUACCUAUGUUUAAAGAAUAGUUGGCUGGCCAUCGGAACUGACUAAAUAGUAAUGGCAUGCCAAGAAAUAAUUAGGACUAUCGAUUAAGUUGCAUAAAAGUUCAACCUAUUACAAAUUCAUCAUCGAUGUAAACCCAUUAUAUCCGUACAAACAUAUUGUAGUACGACCCUUUCAUUGAAUAUGACUUUUUAAGCAGGCCUGAUGUUGAGAUUGCUGAAAUGAUUUUCAAUUAUCGAUUUGUUCCAUUAAGUUUUGUUAUCGUUCAUUUUUUUCCAAUGCUAAAAGACAAAGUCGAUAGAAAGAUAUGUUCAACUAUUUACAUGUCUAUUAUCUUAAGACGGCUGAUUUGUUAAAAAAUUGCCAUGUAUAGUUAAAAAUUCAGAGAAAAUGUCUACUUAUUUCAGUUCAAUAUCAUUUACGUUCUCAUAAUCAAAAGUUUCGGACUAUCUCACUGUGAGUCAACAUAUCAAACUAUUCCUGUUCUUCUACUAUGAUAAUAGAGUGAAUAUAAAAUUCGAAUAAAUUCAUAAUCAAACCUGAGUCUUCGCAUUUUUGUUGCUGAUCCGUCUCAACGAAUAAACAUCUAGUUAGAAAGCCAUUUUACGUUACUAACGAUAAUAUACCAUGUGUGAAUUCGCCAUGAUCUGAGUUUGGCUGUAGAGAAGAUUGUAAUAUUAUAGAUGUGUUAAUUUUUAUACCGUUGAGCUGAUUGGCUUAUUUUUUUUUUUUUUUUUUU